CGUAUAAAAGUUCCUCGUAAGUUUUGAUACCGGCAUUUUCUUGUGAAGAGUGAAACAAGUUGGAAAGAGAAGGCCCACGAAGCGAGACCUGGUUCAUCAGAGUUUGCAUCCCUUUCCUCAAGUAGUUGUCGAAGCCAUGUUUCGUUCCAUUCUUUGCGUCUGUCUUUUCGGGAUAGCAUUUUCUGCAACACUCCUGUACAAGACAUCAGACGACGACUGGGAAGCUUUCAAAACAACUUACAGCAAGAAAUACACAUCAGGUGCAGAGGAAAAUGUCAGACAGGUAGUUUGGCGUCAGAACCUGAAGGAGAUUGAGAGGCAUAACCUUGAGGCUGACUUGGGACAACAUACCUUCUGGAUGGGCUUGAACGAAUACUCAGAUUGGACGACAGAAGAAUACAAGAAAUAUCUGAACGGGUUCAAAGGAUUGAGCGGAGCGUUCCCUAACAACACCAAACAUUUCGUGAAUCCGGGGACGGCUGCACCAGCCACGGUAGACUGGAGGAGCCAGGGGUACGUCACUCCUAUUAAGAACCAGGGGCAAUGUGGCUCGUGCUGGGCGUUCUCUACGACCGGGACACUGGAAGGACAACAUUUCAAGAAAACAGGCAGACUUGUUUCACUCUCCGAGCAGAACCUCGUCGACUGCGCAUGGCCGGAAGGCUGUGCCGGUUGUAACGGCUGUUGGCAGCGAUAUGCCAUGGAAUACAUCAAAACAAACCCCGGAGUCGACACAGAAACAUGCUACCCUUAUCAUGCAAAGAACGGAAACUGCCACUUCAACCCACAGUGCGUAGGAGCAGAACUUACCGGAUAUGUGGCCAUCCGACAAAAUGAUGAGAAUGACCUAAAGUCCGCAACGGCAUCAAUAGGACCUAUUGCUAUCUCAAUAGACGCCAGUCACAGCAGUUUUCAACAGUACAGGUCUGGCGUCUACUAUGAAAGUCAGUGCAGUUCCAAGAGCCUGGACCACGCCGUGUUGGUGGUAGGUUACGGGACCGACAACGGCAGUGACUACUGGUUGGUCAAGAACAGUUGGGGCACCACCUGGGGGGACAAUGGAUACAUCAAAAUGGCGAGAAACCGCGACAACAACUGUGGCGUGGCCUCAUACGCCACCUAUCCAACAGUUUAAUUAUCACGCAUUGCUGUAACUUUUUUGAAACAUUUCAGAAAUUUUGAUUUGUAUAAUAAAAAAACCAUGACAAGUGACAGAUUGUAUAAUGCCCCAAAUCAUGAUAUCUGAGUGGUAGUACGUAUACUACGUCCAACCAUAUCCGGUUCCCGUCUCUUGAAAUUUUUCUACAAUCCACUAUAUUUUGACCCACCGAGACUUUGACCUCGCGGGACUACUCAUCAAAGCUUGUACACUUGGAUAUUUAGCCUUACAAGCGACGGGGAGCCGGUGUAAUGUUUUUGAGUACAUUUGUAUUUCUGUUUUGAGUGUUUCCCCUCAUUGUUUGGGAACGCUCAAAAAUAGAUUGACGAGUUUUUCUGUGUAUCCCCCCUAUUGAAAAGUCAUGGUCUCUCUAGCUGCCUAUUGUUUGGAAACACUGAAACAUGGGGAACAACAACAGAUGUUACACCGGGAUGAACGGGAGACAACUAGCGUGAAAAGUUUUAGAUGCUCUGUGAGAUAGGAGAGACAUCUAUUGGCUAUUUCAUGGAGCUGUAUCUAAGUGCCUACCUGGUUGCUGCAUGUAGACUCUCUUUAAACGAAAGCCGAGGUGGACUGGGGCCAUUUCAAAACAUUCCACGAGGUAUUAGUUUACCUUUGCAACACAAUAGGCCCUCCCAUUACAGUGUUGAAGGGGUACACUCAGAGAGAAAUAAUAAAUGCGGGCGUUACGCCCAUCAAAAUGAA